UAGUUGAUUCGAAAGAAUAUCACAGAUUUCUUCUAUUUCGUUUCCAAAAGAACGUCUCAACAAGAAUCGAAUCCCACAACCCCAAAAUUCAAGAACUAAAACCCUUCUCUUUUUUUUUUUUCGUAUAAAUAAUUCUCAGCUUUCAUAUACAGUGCUGAAAAAGCCUCUUCUAAACUCUGUUUUGCAGCCUUUUUUCCUUUCCCUUUUUCUAGAUUCUCUGCCACUCGCCGUCGCCGUCGUCGGCUGCCGUCUUCGGGUUGAGCACCACUGUAAUGGUGGCGUUGCAUUAAAUUCUGAGCCCCUUCCCUACCUUACUAGCCCUUUUCGAUUUCAGCUCAUUUAAAGCGUUUCGAACCCCCAAAAAAAAGUGACGUUUCGAGUGAGAUCUGCGAAGAUUUAGACGUUUGAUUUCAAGAGGAAGAGCAAAAUGUUGGGACAGAAGCAAGCAGAAGAAGCGAUUGUGCCGACCGCCGCAAACGAGGUGGAGCACGGCGGCGGAAAGGAGGAAGGGGAAGAAGCUGAUGGUGGAGAACAGCCACAGAACUCUGUUUUUCAAAUGAAAAACCUCCUCUGGCACGGCGGCUCCGCUUGGGACGCUUGGUUUAGCUGUGCUUCAAACCAAGUGGCUCAGGUGCUUUUGACUCUGCCCUACUCAUUUUCACAACUCGGAAUGCUCUCCGGAAUCAUCUUUCAGAUUUUCUAUGGGCUGAUCGGAAGUUGGACGGCGUAUUUGAUCAGUGUUCUAUAUAUUGAAUACAGAAGCAGGAAGGAGAAGGAGAACGUUAACUUCAAAAACCAUGUCAUUCAGUGGUUCGAAGUGCUUGAUGGACUUUUGGGACCUCACUGGAAAGCCUUGGGGCUCGCUUUCAACUGUACUUUCCUUCUGUUUGGAUCUGUCAUCCAGCUUAUUGGAUGCGCAAGUAAUAUCUAUUACAUUAAUGACCACUUGGACAAAAGAACAUGGACAUACAUUUUCGGAGCAUGUUGCGCCACCACUGUUUUCAUCCCUUCUUUUCACAAUUACCGGAUUUGGUCUUUUCUCGGCCUUGGAAUGACCACUUACACCGCCUGGUACUUGGCUGCCGCCGCCCUAAUCCACGGCCAGAUUGAAGGCGUUACCCAUUCCGGGCCGACAAAACUGGUGCUCUACUUCACUGGCGCCACCAAUAUUCUUUACACCUUCGGCGGCCACGCUGUCACUGUGGAAAUAAUGCACGCGAUGUGGAAACCCCAGAAGUUUAAAUAUAUUUACUUGAUGGCCACGCUGUACGUUUUCACUUUAACGCUUCCGUCAGCUUCCGCCGUCUAUUGGGCUUUUGGCGAUGAGCUUCUCAACCAUUCCAACGCCUUCUCCCUCCUUCCCAAGAACCGCUUCCGUGAUGCCGCCGUUAUCUUAAUGCUUAUUCAUCAGUUCAUAACAUUUGGGUUUGCAUGUACGCCGCUGUAUUUCGUGUGGGAGAAAGUAAUAGGAAUGCACGACACAAAAAGCCUGUGCUUAAGAGCAUUGGUGAGGCUGCCAGUGGUUGUACCAAUAUGGUUUUUGGCUAUUAUUUUCCCUUUCUUUGGUCCAAUCAACUCCGCCGUCGGCGCUCUCUUGGUUAGCUUCACUGUCUACAUCAUCCCCGCCGCCGCUCAUAUGCUUACUUACAGAAAAGCUUCUGCAAGACAGAAUGCGGCGGAGAAGCCGCCGUUCUUCCUCCCAAGCUGGACGGGAAUGUACGUAUUGAACAGCUUCAUAGUGGUGUGGAUCUUAGUAGUCGGGUUCGGGUUCGGCGGGUGGGCCAGCGUCACCAAUUUCGUCCGACAGAUCGACUCCUUCGGCCUCUUUGCCAAGUGCUAUCAAUGCAAGCCUUCUGUUGCCCCUCCACCGACACAUCGUCACUGAGUCCACUCGCUUCCCAACUCGACUCUCAACUCACUCACUCUAUUUUGUAACAUAACGUCAAUAUGGUUUUGUGGAGGCAAAAUAGUAAUAUUUUCCUCUUUCUUCAAAAAAAAAAAAAAGCUUUAAUUUUCAUCUGUGUGUGUCUUGGAUUUUUGUUCUAUUUCAUUUAAUUUUAUCUAUUAGUUCUUAGUGUAGUUCAUUUUAA